AUGGACCUGUUGGAGCGGGUCCAGAGGAGGGCCACAAAGACUAACAGAGUUCUGAAGCACCUCUCCUAUGAAGACAAGAUAAGAGACCUGGUGUUGUUCAGCCUGGAGAAGAGAAGGCUCUGGGGAGACCUUACAGCAGCCUUCCAGUACCUGAAGGGGGCCUAUAAGAAAGAUGGAGAUGGACUUUUACAAGAGCAUGUAGUGAUAGGACAUGGGAACAAAGAUUUGACAGUGAAGGGCAAGAGUGACUUACAAUCUCCCUUCUGGGUAUCUGAGGAAGAAGAAGGUGAUUAUGAGACUGUAAAUUCUUCCACUCUGGAGGCCAUCCAUGCAUUGAGAAUCCUUCCUGCCAAACCUAUACAAGAAUCUGAAUAUGCAGAUAAACGUUGUUUAAGGCCUUCAGGUACCACUUCCCCAACAAACAACCAGCACAUAUCUCUGCCCCCUCAGUAUUCAGCUAAACACACGCCUGUUCUGGAGGAGAGGAGCGUGCCAAGUGUUAGAGGAGAAAGAGUGAAAAUACAUGGACCCCCGAACCCUGUGCCUCCCCCACGGCCUCUGAAGACACUGCCAAAGCAGUAUCAGCCACUUCCUCCAGAGCCGAAGAUCAGCAGCCAGUCAUUUCACACAAGGAAAACUCUCAGCCAGGUCCAUACCCUUCCAAUAUCAGCAAAAGUCACAAGACAUCUAUCCGUUAAGGAAUUAAAUGAGGCACCUGGAAAAGAACAAGCUACAGAUUUGGGGAAGAAACCUGACACAUCCUUUCAAGCACAACAGUAUAAACCAAAGCAUCAUCCUGAAGCCAGCCUUCAAUGUACGUGGAGCACUAAAAGCGUUUGCAGCUCAGGGUCCACAUUAAAUGUGGAGAAUUUGUCAGUGAAGAGGUCACCAUCUCCUACACCAUACACAGCAUGCAAAAGUAAAUCAAAGCAUUCACUUGUAAAACAGGAAAUGCAAUCUCUUACUCAACCCACUGAUAAGGAUUUAGAUAAAUAUGAAUGGUACAUUGGAGAAUAUGAUCGCCAUGAAGCAGAGAAGGCACUGUUACAGGAAAACACUGAUGAGACAUUCUUGGUUAGAGAUUGUUCAAAGAAAUCAAAUGCUGAACCAUAUGUUUUAGUUGUCUAUUAUGGAAGAAGAGUAUACAACAUUAAAAUACGUUUUCUGGAAGAGAGCCAACAGUAUGCACUGGGAACAGGACUCAGAGGAGAUGAUAAAUUUAAUUCUGUGAAAGAAAUCAUUGACUUCUACAAAUAUGUUCCCAUCAUACUCAUUGACGGAAAGGAUAAAUCAGGAAUCCAGAGAGAACAAUGCUACCUUACACAUCCAUUCAAGUCACACAAAACAUUUUUUCUGCCUUAAUGUCACAGAUUUGUUUGUAUGGAGAACCAUUAUUUAAACGUCUCAAAAAUCAGAUAAGCCUUUGAUUGAGGAGUUCCCCAUAAUAUUAAGAAGCAUUCUAAGCGCUCCACUAAAAAACUUCUCUCCAACUGAGAACACAGAUCUACUCCAUUUUUUUAUUCUUGUAAUCUGUUUUGAACUUUGAGGAUACAGGUAAAGUACAUGCCAUUGUAUUGAUUCACAGAAAAGUGUUAAAAGAUACUGACUCCUUAUAUCUUGACAAUGAGCAAUUUUCUUAUCUUGCACUGUUCCUUCUAACAAAUGAUGAAAACCAAACUCCAUCUUGCUUACCUAAACAUCACUGAAGCUCAGUUAGUAGCAAAACCUAAUA